ACUAUAGGCAAAUCCGCCUCUAGUUUUAUUCCUUCAUUUUGUUUGCCUCUCUUCUAUAUAUACACAACCCAACAUCUUGCAUCCUCAAAUCCACCAACCAAAUUAAAAAGAGUUACAUAAUUCCCUUCCUGAACAAUAGUUGAAAUUAAGAAGAAGAUGAGUGCAACAGCAGCAGCAAAGGGAUCGGCAUGGAUUGUAGCAGCAAGUAUUGGAGCAGUAGAGGCAUUAAAAGAUCAAGGUUUUGCAAGAUGGAACUACGGUUUGAGGUCACUGCACCACUAUGCUAAGACUAAUUUACCUGCAUCCAAUACAUCGGCUCGCCGAUUCUCUACGGCGGUCAUCUCAGCCGAGAAGUUUAGGAAAACUGAAGAGUCGUUGAACAAAGUCAUGGGUUUGAGCUGUUGGGGUCCCAGUACUGUCAGAUUUUAGUGUAUUUAUCUACUUUAUAUAUAAAAUGAAUACGAAAAAUAUGUUUUCUCUAAAAUCACUACCGCUCCCCUUAAUUUGUUAUGUUUGUGUCUUGUUCGACGUUGUAGCAUUGAUCUAUAAGUGAAGAGAACAUAAGAUAAUCUUAUGCCAGUUAACCAAAUUGGAAUAACGAGUCGAUUUAAUGUUUGAUUA